AUGGUGCCUCUUCCUUCGGAGGACAUAAAGAUUUCGCUCAUGGAAAUCUUGGUGAUGCCCAUGGAGGUGCUCACGGGGGCAUUUUCCUCGACGGACAUAAAAGUGGACAUGGAGGAAAUGCUGCUCCAUCUCACGGUGGACAUGGUGGGUUUUGCUGGUCAUUCAGGUGGUCAUGGAGGCUCUAGUAGUCAUUUGCAAGGCCUUGGAGGUUUUGGAGGACACUCUGUUAACCACGGAGGGCACGGUGUUGCUGCCCAUGAUGGAUUUGGGGGAUCAUUUGGACAUGGAGGAGGACAUGGAGGAUUUGGUGGACAUGGACAUGCUGGUUUUAGUGGUCAUGGAGGACACGGAGCUCUUGGAGAUGAUAAGAAAUUUGACGGUCAUGGAGGCCAUGCUCCUUCGGCUCAUGGAGGCGGUCAUGGGGCCAUCCAUGACAGUGGCCAUGGAAGUGGUCACGUCGGUAAACAAGGAGGACAUGAUGGAGGUUUUCAAGGAGCUCAUGGUAGUCAUGGAGGUUUUGCCCAUGGAGGGCAUGUCAUUCCUUCUGGUGGCCAUGGAGGAUUCAGUAGUCAAGGGGGCCACGGAGGGCCUGUGCACGCUGGGCUUGGAGGAUCUGUUCACGGCGGCCAUGCGGGUACUAUUUUCCGAGGACACGACGAAAAGAAAGUAUCAGUUCAUGGAGGUGGACACGGAGGCUUUGGCGGUGGAGGGAAAUUCGCCGGUCACGGAGGCGGGGAUGGAGGAAAGGCAGCUGUACAUGAGAAGUCCCAAGGACUCGGUUACAUUCCCCCUGCUCCUUCAGACGAGAAACAUGGCGAAGCCAAUUACGAGGUUACUUUUAUCCUCGGAUCGACAGGUGACGAAAAGGACCAUAUCAAGUUCGCUUGA